GUUAGCCUCGCUCUGGUCCCUGCGGCUGGCGGCCGUGUGUCUCCGCCAUAUUGUCUGUGUGAUCCCGGCGGGAGCGGCGGCCGCGGGGAGCUAGAACAGCAGUGAGACUCCUCCGUUGUCAUCUACUUGCAUUGGGCCUGUAAAGUCGCCGUCCAUCUGGCCGCCAAUCAGACCGCAAUGUCGGGUCCUGUGCCAAGCCGGGCCCGUGUCUACACGGAUGUGAACACACACAGACCUCGAGAGUAUUGGGAUUACGAGUCCCACGUUGUAGAAUGGGGGAACCAGGAUGACUACCAGUUGGUGAGGAAACUUGGUCGGGGCAAGUACAGUGAAGUCUUUGAAGCCAUUAAUAUCACCAAUAAUGAAAAAGUCGUUGUGAAAAUUCUGAAGCCUGUGAAGAAGAAGAAAAUUAAGCGCGAAAUCAAGAUUCUGGAGAACUUGAGAGGCGGCCCCAACAUCAUCACACUGGCUGACAUAGUGAAAGAUCCCGUGUCCAGAACGCCGGCACUGGUAUUUGAACAUGUCAAUAAUACAGAUUUUAAGCAGUUAUAUCAGACUUUAACAGAUUACGACAUUAGGUUCUACAUGUAUGAAAUAUUAAAGGCCCUGGACUAUUGCCAUAGUAUGGGUAUAAUGCACAGAGACGUCAAGCCGCAUAAUGUUAUGAUUGACCAUGAGCACAGAAAGCUACGACUAAUAGAUUGGGGCCUUGCGGAGUUCUAUCAUCCGGGGCAGGAAUACAAUGUGAGAGUCGCCUCCAGAUAUUUCAAGGGGCCUGAGCUGCUUGUUGAUUAUCAGAUGUAUGACUACAGUCUAGACAUGUGGAGCUUGGGCUGUAUGUUGGCCAGCAUGAUCUUUAGAAAGGAGCCCUUUUUCCAUGGCCAUGAUAACUAUGAUCAGUUGGUGAGGAUAGCCAAAGUUCUGGGAACAGAAGAUCUGUACGACUACAUUGAUAAAUACAAUAUUGAACUGGAUCCACGCUUCAAUGAUAUCCUGGGCAGACAUUCACGUAAGCGAUGGGAACGCUUUGUGCACAGUGAGAAUCAGCACUUGGUCAGUCCAGAAGCUUUGGAUUUCCUGGAUAAGCUGCUGCGAUAUGACCACCAGACACGACUGACAGCUCGUGAAGCCAUGGACCACCCUUACUUCUACCCUAUUGUGAAGGACCAGUCUCGAUUGGGCUCCUCAAACAUGCCCAGCGGCAGCACCCCAGUCAGUAGCGCCAGUAUGAUGUCAGGUCAGUCCCAGCCCAAGUCCAGUAACCGUGAUAAGUCAGGGAUUUCCACGGUGCCAACUCCCUCAGCUUUGGGUUCUCUAGCUGGAUCACCCGUCAUCUCUGCAACGAAUACCCUUGGGACGCCCGUAGCAGCCACUGCCGGAGCCCCACAGUAGGGAAGCCUUGUCCUGGCGCCUGGUCAGGAGAGGGCAGCAGAUCUGGGAAGGAGACCCUGAUCCUUGACCUUUGGUCCUGACUUCAGCACCCACCAGAUGUGGAGGGUGGGGGCUGCCCAAAAGAGCAAGAGAGCCCCCUGGACGCGCAGUGUCUGAGCAGUUGCUUGUGGAUUUAUAGUAGUUCUGUCAUUAUAUAUAUAAAAAAAAUUAUUAUAGGCUGAAUAAUUUUUUUUUUUUUUUUUUUUUUUUUACUUUUGUUAUGGCUCCUGGUCCACAGGUUGCCCUUAUGUCUCUGGGAUGUGGCUCCUGGACUUGGCCCACCCUCUUACUUCCUCGGCUGUUUCCCGGAUAGAUUAUUAUAAUUUUUUUAUAUAUAUAUAUAUAUAUAUAUAUAUAUAUAUAUUUUGUUCAAUUCCCCCUUCAUGACCAUUUUGUGUCCCCCACCUGCAGAGGGGAGAGGUGAGGGACCUCGAAUCUCUACCUGUCCCGUUCCUGGGCUUUGCUGUGGUGCAGCUUCACGAGAGACAAAUGCCAGUUAUGUGGGUGAAUGAGACUACCUGACUGGCCCCGCAUGGCCCCUCUGUUUAAACUAGUAAUAAUGGCAAAAGAAAAGCCGCAACCCUUUAUCCCAUGUUGCUUCAUUGUCCCUGUAAGAGACUGAGGUGAACCCCCCCCCCCCCCCUUCAAAGAAGAAAAAAAAAUCUAAUUUUGACCUCAAAGUUUUUCCAGAUACCAUUCCCAUUCACAGCUGCAAAAAAAAGAGGCAGGAGCCGGGCCGGUUUCAGGUGGAUUAUAAAGCCAUUGAGUGGCACACAAUACCAUAUGCUCCGAUUUUUCAAUAACUGUACCCUGUUAAUGCAUGCUUGGAAAGGAGAUUUCCCCUGACUCCCCCACACUUUCCGGCUCGCCCUGCAUUCUUUCCAAAGAAAAGCUGUUCCACAGAAACGGGAAUGUCCCUGGAGAGCCACGGGCACCAAUAUUUCUCCCAUAGUCCUGGAUAUCGGUGUUCUCUUAACACCCGAGGGGAGCUUUCCCUCAGGUUGUCUGAACACUCCUCCCCGGCACCCCAUUGACCUCACACCUUGCCUACUUUCCUAGCAAGGACGGUAGUGACCCACUUUCCAUUAGCCCUCCCCACACACACCACCACCACUCUAAUAUGUCUGAGCGACACUCCCUCCCCUCAAAAUUUACCUCAUACCUUUCAUCUACUGUGGGGACCUGUCUCUUCGGCCAUCCUUUCCAGCUCUUUUCCCCAGCAGGAAUCUGACAGUUUAAUUUGUCCCCCCUCCUUUGCACCCACCUCUUUCCCCAUGUCCAGCAGGAGAUGUCCCAGUGACACAGAUGAUGCUUUUUCCUUCACAUGUGACAGAUCUAAUGUUGGAACUAUUUGGUGUAAAUAAACAUGGUUUUAUUUAUCAAGGUUA